AUUUUUGCUAAAUAUAUUGCAGAUUUUGCACAUUUUAAAUAAUACCAAUGUCUGUAAAGGGAUAUUAAUGUUUUCUAUUUAGCUUGCAGAAUUUUCAGAUCUUGAAGUAGUGUCCUGGAAUUGCGAGGGAGGAAGGGGGGAGAAUGCCAGUAGGAUAGCAGGAAAAGUACUUAAAAUCAAAUGGGCAGAAGGAAGUGUCUUCAUUGUAAAGAAAUGACCAUGCUUAACCUAUGAAUAGUGUCAGGAUCGCUGGGUGCCAUGCAUUAUGAGAAAUAAGUAUUACAGAGAAGAUGGUGAACUAGAAGAUGGUGAAAUUGAUGAUGCAGGAUUUGAAGAAGUUCAGGAAGAACAAGAUACAAAAGGGGAGGAUAAACAGAAAAAUGAAAAAACACAUAGGAAAUCACGGAAGAAACGCAAAAAAGAAAAGGAAAAGAAAAAAUCAAAAAGGAGGAGACGGGAUAAACAUAAGCAUAAUUCACCCUCUAGUGAUGACAGUUCAGACUACAGUCUUGACUCCGACAUUGAACGUACAGAAAGAUCACAUAAGAAGGGGAGCAGUCUGUACAGAGAUUAUGAUUCUUCAUUCCUUCAGGUAUAACAUAUCACAGGAAAUUACAUGCCUUCACAAAAGACACAACAUAGCAAAAAAUUAAAAAGUAAGGAGUAUGAUGAAUAUGGCAACUACAGUGAUGAAAAUUUUGGUAGCUAUAAUGAGGAAGAAAAGUUGGAAGAUUUUGCUGAUCAGUUGAAACAAUACAGACAAGCUAAAGAAACCUCAAAUACUGAUUUAGGAGCUCCAUUUCCUAAAGAACCAGUGAAAAAGCAGGGAAUGAAAGGAAUUCAAAAAGGUAUAGCACAAAGGGGUAAUAAUUUUAAUGUUGGUCGAGGGCGUGGUAUUCAGAAGAAAUUGAAGCGCAAAGAUCGUGGAAGGGGAAGAGGGGCCAAUAAAGGAUCAGAUGGCUUUCAAGAGGACGGCAAACCAGUGAAGAAAUGGGUGAAUAUGAGUCAAGAAUUCAUAAAUCAACACACAGUGGAACACAAAGGAAAACAAAUUUGUAAAUAUUUUCUUGAGGGGAGAUGUAUUAAGGGAGACCAGUGUAAAUUUGAUCAUGAUGCAGAAAUAGAAAAGAAAAAGGAGAUCUGCAAGUUUUACAUACAGGGUUAUUGUACCAAAGGAGAAAAUUGCAUUUAUAUGCAUAAUGAAUUUCCUUGCAAGUUCUAUCAUACAGGAGCAAAAUGCUAUCAAGGAGAUAAAUGUAAAUUUUCUCAUGCUCCACUAACUGCAGAAACAAAAGAACUACUGGAUAAGGUUUUGAAUACAGAAGAAGAACCACAAAAUGAAGAUGAAAAAGAGCUGGAGGAGCUCAGAAAGCGUGGUAUAGUUCCUCUUCCCAAACCACCUCCAGGAGUUGGACUUUUACCAACACCACCAGAGCAGUUCUCAUUUUCUGAUCCUGAUGCAGAAAGUUUUCAAGAUCCUUCUGGUGAAUUCAAGAAAAUUCCAUCUCUGUUUGAAAUAGUUGUGAAACCAACUGUGGAUUUAGCACACAAAAUUGGAAAAAAGCCACCAACUUUCUAUAACAGUGCAUCUCCACCAAGGCCACCAUUUCAGGGAAACGACCCACAUUCUCAGCACAUGUAUAAUCCGGGGUCAAGUCCAGGGCCUGGACCCAGCAUGUCACAAGGACAUAACGGACCAGCAAUACACCCAGGUUCGCCUGGGCAUCAUCAAUGUUCAGGGCCUCAAGGUCCAGCAGUGCCUCAGAGCCCACCUUUACAGCCUGUUCCACCAGGCUUUUUAGGACCACAAAGUCAAGUUGGCAUGCCUAUCCAAGUACAACAAGCGGGUCCACCUUUAACACCUCCAGGAAUUGGUGCAUCAUACAACACUCCAGGAGUUCAAGGACAUAUGGUAAACAUGCCCAGAGAGAAUCAUUGUCCACCAGGUGCACCAUAUCAGCAGAUUCCAGGUGAACGCCAGCAGAAUAUUGGUUAUGAGUCUAUUCAGAAUCCAGCUGAUUUCUAUGACAAUUACUAUUCUCAUCAAGCUGUACAUAACUUUCAGCCAACCAACAACAGUGGUGAUGGAGUAUGGCAUGGAGAUUUUACAGAUCAUCCAGUUCACCUUAUUGCUCAGGAUUCACAUAAGAGUGGAAGUGAGUCAGAUUGCAUCAGUAAAGCAGGCCAUAAACCAGCUAUUAAUGUACCAGAUUUUCUUCCAGCAAUGCAGAAAGCCCUUUUCGUGAGACUUAGUCAAAAACAACAAGAAGAUGGAGAAUCAGUCAGCAGUCAGGUUCAGAGGACAAUGAGCAAGGAAGAAGAUGAUAAUGUAAACUGGUAUUCCAGUAGUGAAGAGGAAGAGGGAAGCAGUGUUAAAUCAAUAUUAAAAACCUUAAAGAAACAAAGUGAGAAUUUUAGGAAUCGGCAGCAACAUUCCACAGAUCAGCAUAUGCUCAGUGUUCCUACUGACCCACGGCUUGCUAAAGAGAAGGCCAUAGGAAAUCAAGCUGUUGACCCAAGGUUGAGGUCCACUCCGAGAUCAAAUACUAGAAAACCUUCCGAAUCGGCGUCAUUAGACCCAAGACUUGCACGGGAUCCUAGAAUGUUGAGGAUUAAUGAAAGUGGACAUGCAAGUUCUUCUGUUGCGGGUGCAAAGUUAGAUUUACAUCAUACGCAUUCCGGAGUUCAAGUCAAACAAAAAGGAAUGGAUGAUGAUGAAGAGGAUACGGAAAGAGAAUUGAGAGAGCGAGCUUUUCUAAUUCCUUUGGAACCUUUACCUGGUGUAACAUUAAGGGAUCCAAGAUCUCAGCUUAGACAGUUCAGCCACAUUAAAAUGGAUAUUAUCCUGAUAAAACCAAACUUUGCUAAGCAUAUUGUAUGGGCUCCUGAAGACUUACUUCCAAUACCCUUACCUAAACCUGACCCAGUCUCUUCAAUUAAUUUACCUCUUCCUCCACUUAUAGCUGACCAGAGGCUUAAUAAAUUACGGAAUUUGAAAAAUGAUCCGCAUCCAAAUGCAAUGCCAGCUGACCCAAGACUAGCAGCAAAAGUGAAAAAUAGCAUAACAAGCAGAAGUGGCUUUUUGGACCAAUCUGCAGAGUCGCAUGCCAGUAGUUCAAGCAAACUGGGAGAUCCCCGCUUACAAAAAAACGUUGAUCCCAGACUCCAUAGACUGUCUAGUACAGACAUUCACCAUGGAAUCGCAAAGGAUUCUCAUCCUCCAAAAUUUGACCCUCGUCUAGCCAGAUCUGGUAUUGGUUCAUCACAGUCCUCAGAAGCUGUGACUUGUAAAUCUGACCCAGACAUUCUGCCUCCAUAUGCACCCAAGCUAUCAUCAACUGGUGUUAGACUGGGAACUCCAAGCUCCAUACUUAGUGGUAUUAGUUUAUAUGAUCCAAGAGACCACAGUUCAUCAAUAGACACUGCUCCAAGUAAUUCAGGAGAGAAUGGAGAGAACCAGAAAAAAAGUAUUCUGAAAAACACUGUAAAAAAUGAGCCUAGUCUCUCAGAAGAUACAUUGCCACAGAAGACUGCCUCAAACGUGGAAAAAACUACCGAAGCAUCAGCAGAGGCCAGUUCAGAUAAAGCAAAUAGCAUCAGUAAAUCUCAGGCUAAGCAUUCAAGCACUGCACCAGCAGUGCAUAAUCUUCCCAUCCAAGCAUUGUCAGGAUUGAUCAGACCGCAGUACAGUGAUCCAAGGCAAGUUAGACAGCCUGGACAGGUUAAUCAAAUGCAGGAUAAUGAUCCAAAUGGGGAAUCGGAUGAUAAAUCCCUAAAAGAUGUUUUCAAGACCUUUGAUCCAACUGCUUCACCGUUUUGUUAGCAACUGAGUUCAGUCUUUUUACUGUUGUGAAUAUUGCAGUUUUCUGCUAUUUUGUAACUGGUUUACCUCUUUGCUUUAUUUAUUUUUAAAUUAUAAUUAUCAACACUUUUCAGCUGCUAAUCUCAGAACCACAUGCGGUUAUACAGUAUGCUAUAGUGUUUGCAAAGCUGUGGUAUUUUCUAUAUUAUACUUUUCCAAUUUCAGGGAGAUGAAUUGACAUGUAGAAAAAGACAUGUAUCAUGUUAGACCUGAUAAAAGCACUUUCAUUGUAAAUAAGUCAUUAAGAAUUCAACUCCGAAGACCUUGUAUAUGUGUAAGUUGUCUCUUUCAUAAUCAACAUUUAGAUAUAAUGAUUGCCACUUUUGUAUGAUUGUAUAGGCUCAAGCAAUAUGAUGUACAUUACUGUGAGAGACACUAUUUAAGACGAGGAUUGUCUGACUUACCAAGCCAAACCUACUAACUGAAAUAUACAUAGAUGAUGUAAGAGGAAAAUGUUGAUCCUCCUUUUCAGAGCAGUGGAUGUAAGACAUUGUUUUUAUUCAUGCAGUCAAUAUUCUUAGUGUAAAAGAUACCUAUAUCACUUAUUGCGGAGUUAAAAUGUCAUAUCUUUAAAAGUAUUUUAUUCUAUACUGUAAAUAGAAGAAAUUGUGAAGUCAAUAACUAGAAGAACAUUACUGUUAAAGUAGAGAAUACCUAAGUUCUCUAAUACAAAAAAGUUUUUAUUUAAUUUUUCACACAUACACAAUUCUGACUUAGUGUGAUAGGUUACAUUGUGGUGUUAAUGUAUUGCAAUGUAUUUUUGUAUUCAGAUGCUUAAUUUGUAUUGCUUUUUUGUAUUGAUGUAACUGCAGUACUUGUAUUCAUUGUGUCUUUAUGACAUUUUUAACAAAAAAAUUAAAAAAGGGUACAAUUAAAGUCUAGUAGUGACUAUUAAACUAAUAAAUUACCAGAGAGUUGGACUGUGGGAAAGCAGUAAUAGAAAAUGUCCGAAGCAGAGAUGAUAAUCAAAUAUGCUGUAAAAUACUCAGCUGCCACAAGAAGGUACUGCAACAGGAUCUGGCUGUACUCUCGUAGGCAAAACUCCCAUUAACUCCAAAGGGACUAUUAAUUGAGCAGUGUCAUCAAGAUCAAGCCCUUCAUGUUGCACUCUCUCUUGCGCAUGUGUGUGUUCACUCUUUCUCUCUCUCUCUCUCUCUCUCGUACUUGCUUGCGUUCUUUUUAACUAAAUAUAGCUAGUCAUCAAAGGCAUGUACCAUACAGAGUGCCAGGUGUUAUCAUGGGUCUUUCACCCAUGAGGAUUUAGUAGCUCAGACCACAGCUGACUUCAGUUCUCCUUGGUUCUACCCUUUGGGCUGUCUUUGUGUAUGGCUCUGUUAAAUCUACAGUAAUUAGUCUUAAAAGUAUAAAAAAAGACAGUAUUUUUACAUCUGCUCUUUUGCAGGUAUCAUCUGCUACUAGA